UCAAACCUCCGGCGAACGCGAACUCAGCAUGACCUUUUUUGCAAAUCUUGUGUUUUUCCUGUUGGCGAGUCACUUUACCUCAGCCGACCUGUACGCUUCGACCCACAAUGACAUUCUCUCCGCAAUCACAUGGGCGAGUCUAGAUUUCGACCAGGUGCGUGUACCUGACCUGGCAUUCCCUAGAGACGCGAAUGUGACCUCUGUUGACCUCUAUGACCUGAACAAUUUGACCUCGAGGAGCUUGCCCAGGAGGCGGAGGCGCACCUUGACUCUCCAGCCGGACGGUCCUGCAUCUUUUGUGAUGUCCGUCAAGCUGGUAAUGCCCUUGCUGACCCUGACGGACGACGCAAAAGUUCAACUCGAACUCCCGAUCUCGCGAAACCUCGGCUCUCCCUGGGCCACGGGUCGAGAAGGGGGUGACUGGGAUCUCGAGUUGGGAGAGAUGGCUUCGAGCUUGGAGGAAAUGGUGGCUAUGUUGGGGAUGGACGGGAGAGCCUGCAUCCAAAGAGCUGUGUGUGAGCUGGCUGCCUCCCCUUCGCUCAAACCCCGAGGUCUCGUGGGAGAAAUGGUGCAGAUCUUCGUCAGACGCAUCUUAACCGAGUCACGUGGCGACCUCAACGAAAUCGGAGAGGAAGAGGAGAAAGAAGAAGGACAGAAAGGCCAAUAUUCCGAAGCAGGAAUAUAUGGUAGACGCGAAGGAACGUGUUGGCAGAAAUACUCAUUGUGUCCCCAUUCACUCUUCAGUCUGCUGUCUUGAGGAAGA